CAUAUGAGCAGGAGGUGUGGUUCUUUCUCCGCUAAACAAUUUGCUACAUUAAGCCACGUGCUUACUGUGUAAAUCAUAUGCUGGUGGACCUGCCGUCUGGAGGAAGGAGGACUCGUCCACUUUAUCAGAAGGUUCACACACUUUUGAGGUUCUAAAGCAGAAUGUGCCAUGGAUCAAGUGCUGAACAUUGCUGACAAUUACAUCUGCACUCCUUAUGUUUACCCGGCCUCAUGGCCCGAGGACUGGGCUCCGCGUCAGAUAAUCAGCCUGUGGGUGCUGACCAACCUGGGAGCAUUGCUGAUUUACCUGGGCUUCGGUGCUCUUAGCUUCUACUACGUGUUUGACCAUAAGCUCAUGAAACAUCCACAGUUUAUCAAGAACCAGGUAAGAAAAGAGAUUCAACUAGGAAUAGCCUCCAUCUUCUGGAUGAGCUUCCCCACUGUCGCCCUUUUCUUCUGGGAGAUCAAGGGACACAGCCAACUUUAUGACAACAUCAGCGAAUCUUCUCUGGGCUGGCCUGGGGUGUACCUGAGCAUUGCUGGUUUCUUGUUCUUUACUGACAUGUGUAUCUACUGGAUACACCGUUCCAUGCACCAUAGGAGCAUUUACAAGCACUUACAUAAGCAGCACCAUAUAUUCAAGAUCCCUUCGCCUUUUGCCAGCCAUGCCUUCCACCCACUCGACGGCUUCCUGCAGAGCUUACCCUAUCACAUCUACCCAUUCAUCUUCCCCCUCCACAAGGUGGUCUACCUCUCACUAUUUGUCUUUGUCAACAUCUGGACCAUUUCCAUACACGAUGGGGACUACCGCAUCCCCGGCCCCCUGAUAUGUCUGAUCAAUGGUGCUGCUCACCACGUAGACCAUCAUCUCUUCUUCAACUACAACUAUGGACAAUACUUUACACUCUGGGACCGUCUAGGGGGAUCCUACCGACACCCCUCAGCCCUGCUGGGUAGGGGGCCACAUGACCACAUUUGCAAGCUCGUGACAGAGGCUGCACACACACAGUGACGAUGGAGCUACAGCCAAGACUUUCUUUUCUGGUUUAAAAUUCUCAGGGAAGUUCCUACAGUGGUGCUCAGCCUGGGUCACGACGCAAGAGACUUGGAUUUUUUUCCACACAGAGUUGUGAAAAUGUUAAAUACAAAAAUAUGAAAGCACGUUUGGAGGGAAUUACAUUUUUCUCAUAGGU